AUGUCGACUGAGGAGCAGCAAGUCACGCAGGACACGGCGCACGCUCCUGCCCCGGCCAGCGUGAAGAGCAAGGCGAACUCGUACUAUUACUGGCACCAACACGAAAAGGACCGAGCGAAGGUUGGCGAUGUUGCACCGAUGCCUACGCCGUACCUUGUUUCCAAGGACGAUACUCGGGCCGUGGCUGCGCCUGCUGUGCCGACGGUGUCUGUGUCCAAGUACAGCUGGUGCGACGGGGACAAGUUUGUGUCAGUGUACAUCGACGCCGUCGCGCCGGAGGGCGGAACACUGGACGAGGGCUCUAUCGAGGCGACCUUCACCGGAAACUCCUUCAAGGUCACCUUCGCCACUUCGGAUGAGGUGGGGAGGACGCGCGCGAAGAGCCUCUCGAUCCGCCUGUCGAAGCGGAUUGACAAGGACAGGAGCUCAACAAAGGUGAAGCCGAAGACGCAGCAGAUUUUGGUGAGACUGGCAAAGAAGGUAGAGAGUGUGUGGUUGGACCUGGAGGGAGAGGCGAGCGACCAGGACUCAGCAGCUGGCGGUGAGGCAGAUGAUGCGGAGUAA